AUAAAUCACAUGACACACCAACUCAAGCGAAGGCCCUGCUUACAGUUGGUUCGCCGCACAAAAUUAUGUAAGGACUGUGGUUCGCCACUUUCCACAUCAACCCUCACGUGGAAAGAAUGGAUCUGGAAAACGUAACUGCUGCAGAGGACCAGACGUCUUACUAUUUGGAUAAGACCUGGGUGCAGUGUGAGUCUCCGGCCUGUUUGAAGUGGAGGCUGAUCCCGAGAGGAGACUGUGAGGGGUUCGACCCGGACCGGCCCUGGUACUGCCACAUGAACCAGGAUCCAUCCUACGGCCAGUGCUCGGUGCCCCAGGGUCCUCUUCCGAAACCCUCCCAGCUUCAGCAGUUUGGACUGAAGUUCAUUUACUCUAAGCUUCCUGUUGGAAGCUUAGUAACGGUGAAGGCUGGCAGGUGGCCAUGGUGGCCAGCAGUCCUGAGCCCAGAUCCUGUGUGUGCGGAGUAUGUGCAGGAGGACAGCGAUGGGGACGUGGUGAAGUACCACGUGGAGUUCCUCGGGAGUCCCCACUCACGCCUCUGGGCAUCUGCAGGGAGAGUCCAGCACUACCAGGCUGCAGAUGCAGAGCCUAAACAUGUGACAGUCUCUCUAAAGAAGUCAUACGGAGUGGCAUUAGAGGAGGCGGCUAAGAUGGAGAAUGUCACAUGUGAGGAGAGGCUGCAGCUGUGCCUGUAUAAGCCACAUGAAUUGCUCGAUCAGGCUGAAAGUUUAAUGCAUGAUAUUGAGAAGAAGAUUGAGCAGUGUACCUCAGUAUGCACUUCCACCCAGAGCAUCCGCAAGGGCAGGAGGAGGUCUCACACGGCGGGAGACCGUGAGUGGAUUGAGGAGGACAAUGUGGUAGAAGUAGGAAAUAUGCUCAUCAUCAACGGCAUCGUGUUUAGAAGUGGGAGGAGCUCUGAGGAGAUAAUGAAGGACGCGACAGGCCCUGUCGUGGAGCAAAGCAAAUGAAGGACAGAGUGGUGAAUGGCUAAAAAGUUGUACAGAAGUGUAGCCUUUUAAACGUACAUGUACCCAAGAUUUAGGUUUUGGAAGCACAGGAAUGCAUGCCCUUUCUUCAUUCUGUCCACCACUUGGAGUGGGUGUUGCUUGCAGAACAUGUUAACUCAGCAGUUAUAUCAGCUACACAGUUAUUUUAUUUGUUGGAAAUCAGGCUGUAAAAAGCCUGCCUGUCAAAAUAGCAGUAUGAGGAACAAACUCAGUUCAGUUUGAAAUCCAAACCUGAUAACUGGAGCUAGUUAUUCACACCUGACACAAGCAAUGCUGUUUUGGGCUGUUGGCUUUAGUAGACAGAUACAUACCACAAGGCAAUGUACGCAUUAGGCUAAAAGCUGUGUUAUGGAAACAAACAAGGAAACUGCUGUGACAGACUUAACACUGUGUCUGGAAGUUCAGUUGUCAUGGCUACUUGUCAGAAAUAAUUGGCUUAUGUUUACAGUUCAAUCGGUUUUGUGAUACCAUACAAUUGUAAGUUACAUUUGCAUGGUUGUACUGUUAAAUAUUUAUGUGUAAACUCCCCCCGUGUUCUCCAACAGUUGUAACAAUUAAAAUGCUUUUACACGACCACUUCAAUUCUCAUUCUCUGUAAUAAUAGUAAUAAUAAUAACGCUUCUAUCCUGA